AUGCCCGUCUAUCACAUCGUCCUCUUCCGCCUAAAGCAAGGCGUAACAACCGCCCAGCUCUCAACCUGGACAUCCCUCGCGCAAGGCAUGGUGGGCAAGAUCCCCGGGUUAGUCUCCCUCAAGGCCGGCGGACCCUUGCCGAUCUGCGUGCCGCGCGCAAAGGGAUUCGAUAUGGGUCUCGUGGCUGUCCUGGAGAAGCCCGAGGAUGUCGCGACGUAUGCGGUGCAUCCGGCGCAUUUGGAGGUGCAUAAGAUGAGGGAGGAGUUGUGUGAGGAUACGUUGGCUUAUGAUUUGGAGUUCGAGCCUUGA